AUGAUAUCAGUAGCAUUUCAUGGAACAAGAGCAUAUCUUAUAGACAAAAGUCUUAUACCAAUAGUUUUGUUAUGGUUAGACCCAGUUGUUGGAUAUAACUUCAUAACUUAUGGUUCAUUCGACUCAGAACGUUGCAGUGAAGGCUUACUUUACAUCGUUCAGAAACCGAAGGACUUCAACACAAAAAGAUAUAAGAUAGGAAGGACAUAUAAUAUAACUCAAAGAUAUGACAGUACAGUCAAUAGAGUCAAGGUUGUGUUCGUUAAUGAUAUGAGAGCUGCUGAAACAGAACUGCUUGAAGUUUUUGAGAAAAUGUAUGGUGCUCCCACGAAAGGUAAAGAAACGUUUGAAGUAGAUGAGAUAGAUAAAGCUAUAAAAUUAUUUGACGAAGUUGCUGAAAAAUACAUGUAA